UUCAGAUUCUGUGAUAUAUACUUAAAUAUAUACUCAAAUAUAUACCCCAUUCGAUCAUCGAAUCUACAGCUACACACACUUCCAACAUGACGGGCCACACCAGAAAGCACAAGGUCGCCGUGGUCGGCUCAGGCAACUGGGGAUCAACCAUCGCCAAGAUCAUCGCCGAAAAUACCAGAGAACACUCGGAUCUCUUCGAGAAGGAGGUGCGCAUGUGGGUGUUUGAGGAAGAGAUUGAGAUUCCCGAGUCGUCCAAGCACCACAGCAAGCUGGGCGGCCAGAAGCGCAAACUCACCGAGGUGAUCAACCAAGUCCACGAGAACGUCAAGUACCUGCCGGACAUCGCGCUGCCGGACAACGUGGUGGCGGAUCCCGACCUCAAGUCCGCCGUCAAGGAUGCGACUCUGCUCGUCUUUAAUCUCCCGCACCAGUUCAUCGGCAAGACGCUGGACGGGAUCGUGGGUCACAUCCUGCCGUAUGCGCGCGGCAUCUCAUGCAUCAAGGGGGUGGAUGUCUCCGACGGCACCGUGACGCUGCAUUCCGAGCUGAUCAUGGAGCGACUGGGGAUCUACUGUGGUGCGCUGAGCGGGGCGAACAUCGCGCCCGAGGUCGCCGCGGAGAAGUUCUGCGAGACCACCAUCGGCUAUGAUGUGCCGCCCAUGGACUCGAAGCCGUCCGACGACUCCGAGAAGGCCAAUCUCAUCAAGAUCGACGAACAACGGCAGUGCAAGACCAAGCCGACGCACGUCAAGCUGACCCCCGUACCAGAAGAGUUGCCGCACGUUGGCGCCGAGCUCCUGGAGACGCUGUUCGCUCGUCCGUAUUUCCACGUCGCCCACACCCGUGACGUUGCGGGGGUGGCGCUCGGUGGUGCACUGAAGAACAUAAUCGCCCUCGCCUCAGGCUUUGUCGCUGGCAAGGGCUGGGGUGAAAAUGCCAAGGCCGCGAUUAUGCGCGUCGGCGUCCUGGAGAUGGUCAAGUUCGGCCGCACAUGGUUCCCCAAGUCUGUCGAGGAGCGGACCUUCACAGAGGAAAGCGCCGGGAUGGCCGAUUUGGUCUCCUCGUGCAAUGCCGGCCGGAACUACCGGUCGGCCUGCCAUGCGGUCGAGCAGGGGGUCAGUGUGAAGGAGAUCGAGGACAAAGAGCUCAAUGGUCAGAAACUGCAGGGUACAUCCACGGCGUACGAUGUGUAUGAGUUCCUUGAGAAGCAGGGCAAACUCAAGGAGUUUCCGUUGUUCGUUGCGGUGCAUGAUAUCCUCGAGGGCACUGCUAAGGUGGAAGAUCUUCCAGCAUUGAUUGGUGGAAGGAAGAAGAUUGAAGGCUGAAAUGGGUGUGGACUACUUUAGAUUAAUGAUAAUGAAUAUAGAAGAUUGAUGAACG